AUGGUCGCAGUCGACUCUCCCUACCUUAAACUGAUGCCGUCCUUUCAGUUUUGCUACUUGCUGCUGUCAACAUUACUGUACUUGCCUCGUUAUUCUACCUCACUUUCCUUCAACUUCGAUUUCUCCCAACCGGGAGGUUAUAACGCCGCAAACUUCAGCUUCGACGGCGAUGCAUACUUCAACUCCCAGGUGAUCGAGCUAACAAGGAAUGACAGGAACCAAGGCUUAAACAACAGCGUAGGCCGGGCGUCGUACGCUCAGCCUGUGCCCAUCUGGGACGAGGAUUCCGGCGAGGUCGUGAGCUACGGCAACAGCACAAAGCGUCUCACUGCUGACCUCCAGAUUGGCGACGCGACCUACCACGUCGAGACUAGUGCUGACCUCAGGUUACUCUUAUCGAGCAUGGUGGCAAUUGGCUUCUCGGGAGCUACUGGUGCGGCUGUCGAGCUACACCAGGUUCUGGCAUGGUCAUUUUACUCCACACUGGAUAGAGCCCCUGCUCCACCUGCACCUGCACCGUCAUUUACACCUUCAUCAUCAGCUUCACCUUCACCUGAUGAUAAUGGUAAUCGUCGUGGAGGUUUCUCCUCGAAGGUUCCAUGGAAGAUAGUUGGAGCAGUAAUCGGAGUAGUUGCGGUAGCGAUAGUUGCCUUGUGUGCUCUCCUAGUAUGUCGGCGAAAGCCGUGUGCAGGAAAGAAGCCAACUUCAAAUGACAAACUAGAUGAUGAGCAACCAGAAACACCAACUAGUUUAGACAAGGCUCCUACUAACGUUCCCAGGCCUUUCAGUUACCGUGAGCUGGCCAAGGCGACAAACAACUUUUCAGUGCAAACUAAUAAGCUCGGGGAAGGGGGCUACGCCGUCGUCUACAAGGGCCAACUGAAGAACCCAGACCGAUUUGUGGCCAUAAAAAACUUCAAACUAGGAAAAUCUGCCACUGACAGGAGGAAGGCAUUCGAAGAUGAAAUCAAGGUUAUUAGCCAAGUCAGGCAAAGGCACCUGGUUGAGUUAAUAGGCUGGUGUAUUGAUGAAGAAAAGGAUAUCGUGUCACUUGUUUACGAGCUUGUUUCAGAAGGUAGCCUCCACGACCAUUUGCACAAGGGAAGGAGUUGGUUGCCAUGGUCCAGAAGGUAUCAAAUCAUCCUCGACCUCGGGUGUGCUCUACGGUAUCUACAUGGAGAAUGCACGGGCUGCAUCUUACAUGGUGACAUAUCAGCAUCUAACAUAUUGCUUGAUUCACAGUAUGUUGCGAAAUUAGCUGACUUCGGGUUGGCGAGGUUGAUGGACCAUGCGAUCGAGCUGAAAACGACAUGUAAUGUAGCCGGAACGCCAGGCUACAUAGAUCCAGAUUUUAUAAACAUUGGGAAGCGGAGCAGGGAGUCAGAUGUCUAUGGCUUUGGCAUUGUUCUACUAGAGACAGUCACCGGCCGGAGCCCUGCUGCUGCUGCCGUCGAUCCCACUACCGUCUCCCCUUUGCUAAAAUGGGUAUGGGGGAUAAAGAACAGCGGCGCAGUCCUUGAAGCAUCAGAUCCGAGGCUCAAGCAUGACUCUACGAGAGAUGAACAAGAACAGAUGGAGCGCGUGAUACAGGUCGCGCUCUGGUGCGCACACACCGAUCCAGCUCAGAGACCAUCCAUCAAAGAAGCCAUGAGGGCCUUGGAGUCCACGAACGUGGCGAUCCCUCCUUUGCCACUGCCGGGAUUCAUGCAUGGGCCAUCAAACCUUGCUGCUGAUGACAUGUCAUGUGAGACCUCAGAUAGCGUUGUAUCAUCUGCUGCAAGCCGGGCUUAG